UUACUCAGUCGGCCAUAAUGCAUGCUGUAUGACUCAAAGUAUAUUUUGGUUAUGAUUGUGCUGUGUCUCUAAAAAAAAAGCAAAUUUUGCAAGAUUUUGAUCAUGGCUAUAACAGCAAAUAAAAAAUUCUGGACUGAAUUCAUCGAUAUAUAUCACAGUCUACCCAGUCUAUGGAAUACCAAAGAUGAAAACUAUAAUAACCGUGAAAGUCGUUCGUUGGCCUGGAAUAAAUUGGUGGAAAAACUGCGAGAUGUUGAACCAGAUGCCAAUCAAGAUUCUGUAAAACGUAAAAUUAAUACAUUUCGUUCGAAUUUCAAUCGGGAAGUGAGAAAAAUAAGACAAACACAAAAGGAACAGCCAGCGGAGGUAUACAAUCCCACACUAUGGUAUUUUGAUCAAUUAUCUUUUCUGUUGAAUCAGGAAAAAUAUAAUAGUAAUGGUGUGGCUAUAGAUGGCCACUAUGACGAAGAAAUGACAUUGAUGGGUCUAACUGCCACCAAAAGCGAAAUUAUGGAAGAAAAUGAAACUAUGAUGGGAGAAUCUGUAAACCAAGAGGAAAUAUCAUCUACGGCUAAUGAACAAAAUUGUAAAUUUGAUAAAUUAAACAGUAGCAAGUCUAAUACGCGUUCGUUAGUGAAAAGAAACCAACGGGAAAAAACAUUAGAGCCGGUGUCGGUGCCGAAACCUAUUAUAGAGUUUACUCCUAUUAUUGAAGUAAUACAACCAGAAUCUUGCUCUGCUGUGCAAACCCCCUUGGUUAUAAAAGAUCAACAAAGUUUGGGCCUGCAAGAAAAUCCCACUAAAUUUUUAGAAAAUUUGCCAGAAAAAUCUAAUGAAUUAGAAAGCACUUCCCCUAGCUGUAGAAAAUUACGCUCGAAUUUACAUAAAAAAUCAAAAUUACGUUUAAAAUCUCAAGAUCCCUACAAUCGAACUAUUGUUAGAAAUAAUAUGUUAUCUCCAAUGCUAACAGAUGAAGCUGCUAUUUAUGGACAAUCAUGGGCCUGUGGUUUCCGUAAAUUAACUGCUCAACAAAAACUUUUUGCUAAAAAAGCUAUAGAUGAAAUAUUAAUACUAGGACAACUAAAUGUUUUAAAAUUAAACACUAUAACAAUGAAUACGAAUUCAUUGGAGGUACCAAGUGAUGAAGGUUAAUUUUGGGCGUUCUGUCUUAAAUUAUUAUACAAUAGUUUUUAAUUUACAAACCAAAAAUCUAAUAAAUAAGAAAUUGUUUUGUUAUAAACCAGUGAAUGUAGAAAAUUGAAAUAAAAUUAAG